AUGGCUGGUAACCCCGAGUUCCUGGUUGAAGCUCUGAAAAAUACUAAUUUGACCCCAGAGCAAUGGGGUGCUAUUUCUGAUGCUUGUGACCAAUGCCUAAUGAUCAUUGGCAAUCCACCAUCUCCAUCCCCACGAUCUCUGACUUUCAAAAUGAUCUCCACACCAUCGAACGUUGAACAUUCGAUGUAUUCACACCCCGGCUCUACAGUUGCUAUUUCCUCUGUGCCACAGCUCAGUUCUAGUAUCCCUGUUAUCUUAGAUCUUGUCGCGUACGAUACUCUGAAGCGAAAGCUCCAAGAAAUUCAAGAAACCGCGAACAAAGAGUCGAUACCUUUUCCUCACCUUGAUCGUGCGAUGAAGGCCUAUACAAGUGGACGUCGUGAUUCUGCGUCAUCAGCUUCCAAGGCAGGUGUCGACUGGGAAGGAAUCAACCGUGACUGUUUCAAUUUUUGUAUCUCCCUUGCAUCCUUCAUUGUGAACACGGAGACUUCUCGAUCUUCUGCGUGGGUAACAGCGACCCAAUCAAUAUCUGUCGAUGCCAUGAAUGCACCACCACCUUUCCUGUUGGCCGCUGGCUAUCGAUGUUGUGCGCGCAAAGAAGUAGAUGUUGUCGGGAGGCGGGCCGAGGCCAGGGCCAUGCCAAACUUGGUGCCGAAAUAUGCCGAAACGGCGACUCCACAGGCGACUCCCAUGACAAUCGCUGCUCUUCAGCCUCUUCUCCAGUUUUGACAACAACAACCACCGCUUCCAGUCAAACAUAGAUGAAGUCAUUCGUUAGCCUUCGCAUAACGUCCGGAUGGUCGACAUAUUUUCAACCCGCUGAGUCGACUUGAUACGCGCAAAAGAAGUAUUCCCAUCAGACGACCACCUUUGGCUACAGAAGUACUAUGGCCUGUAUG